AUGCAAGAGACUCAAAGAAUUGAAUCUAUGCUUUAUGAUUACGAAACUACGUAUAGAACUGACUAUCGCUUCGGUGAGAUUCGCGAGUAUCCCAAAACGAUAUAUAAAGAAAAACUCUCGCGAUACAAACGUGGAGAACCAGAAUAUAAAAACAUUCACACUCUGGCCAAGUGGCAAGGGAAAAUGCCACCAUUCAGUCUUCUACAUAAGCCUAAAGACAUUUUAAGAACUAAUCCAAAUAACGUGCAGCCGUAUUAUGAGAAACCAGUAGACGUAGACCAUGAACAAGCUCAAAAGACCCGCCCCCGUCUCGUGAUGACGCCGGCAGUGAGUAUGGACGACAUCGAGGACGAACGCGCCCGCAACAUUCUAUGCACAGACAUGUACACUAGCGUCAUGACUCGAGCUAUGAGGGAAGCGAUCACUCCUUGUAAUAGCUUGAAAGCGCCUUUACCUGGAACUCCGGCGCCUGCGAAUCCUAUAACAUUGCCAAAACUUAAACCAGCCUACGUAUCUCCAGAAUGGCGGAUGGACUCCGUCAUGUGGGAUAGAAAGCAAUUGCGGGGUUAUUGUGACCCCACGAAAGAGUUUUGGCUUUCUCGAGAACCUCCUAAGUACUAUCUACAAUUAAUU